AUGAUCGUUCAGGAAGCAACAGACGAGGCAGCUCUUUCAAAAGAACAGGAUACUAUUGCUCGCUAUGUUCGUUUCAAUUGUCCAACGAGCACGACUAUGUUCCAAGGGAAUGAAGUCCACUACUUUUCAGGAUCGAAAGCGGUUGACACCCUUAUGGACUCGCGCUAUGGUACAAAAGCCAAGAAUGAGGCUUCAACGUUAUUUCCGAAUAGACUUGCUGCUGUGAACUACAUGCGUUCAUUGAUGGCACACCAACUGUUCUUCCGUGCACGUAAAUUAGUGCCAAAGAAGAAAGAGGAUAAAGACAGGAAGGACAAAGAAGUAGGUAGACUGAGUAAGGUUGACAAACACGAGAACAAGAAGAAAGAGGAAGAAACAGUGACCGAGACAGAAACAGAGGAGAAGAAGGACGAGAAGAAGCCCAAGGACUUUAAGGAUGAUGAGGACAAAAAGAAAAAGAAGAAAGUCAAGCUGGAAGUGCAUGAUGUACAGGUUUUUUCGGAUGAUAAAGACGUAUAUGUUUGGGUAUUUGAUCCAACACCGUUGUAUAAAAAAGUCAUUGGCCUUCUGAUGGUUUUGGGUACAAUACUUGGUUGUCUGUUCCCUUUAUGGCCUGCCUGGCUUCGCCAAGGUGUCUAUUACUUAUCUCUUGCUGGAAUUGCUGCUUUCGGUGCUAUUGUUAUCGUUGCCAUUUUGCGCACAGUUCUUUUCGGCGUCAUUUGGCUUGUUACUAUGGGACGUCAUAAGCUGUGGAUACUACCCAAUCUAACCGAAGUAAGUUUUUUUUUAAACGAGUGGUUGCUUGGGUCAUCCUAUUUUCUGAUGGUCACCUGUGGAACGACUGUUAUAAACGUCUGUAUUGGUGUCUAA